GGGGGUUUCGAUUAGUUGUCGCUGCCGCCGGGGAAGGUACGGCGGCGACUGGGGCUUCUGGAGCGGCGCGGUCCCCGGGCGGAGGUGGGCAACUCGGCGCGGGAAUCAUUUAUACGUCACAUUAAAACAAACAUGUGAUGUUCCUGCCAACCUGUGAGAAUUUCUCCUUUCAAGACUUUAUUUUACUUACUAUACAAAUUGCCCAGUUCUUUUGGAUGCCAUGUUCUGUGGCUUGCAUCUGAAGAGGAGUUUGUCUUCAUGAAGAUUCCUAACAUUGGUAAUGUGAUGAAUAAAUUUGAGAUCCUUGGGGUUGUAGGUGAAGGAGCCUAUGGAGUUGUACUUAAGUGCAGACACAAGGAAACACAUGAAAUUGUGGCCAUCAAGAAAUUCAAGGACAGUGAAGAAAAUGAAGAAGUCAAAGAGACGACUUUACGAGAGCUUAAAAUGCUUCGUACUCUCAAACAGGAAAACAUAGUGGAGCUGAAGGAAGCCUUCCGAAGGAGGGGGAAACUGUACUUGGUGUUUGAAUAUGUUGAGAAAAAUAUGCUUGAAUUGCUGGAAGAAAUGCCAAAUGGUGUUCCACCCGAUAAAGUGAAAAGUUAUAUCUAUCAGCUAAUCAAAGCUAUUCAUUGGUGCCAUAAGAAUGAUAUUGUGCAUAGAGAUAUAAAGCCGGAAAACCUUUUAAUCAGCCACAAUGAUGUUUUGAAAUUAUGUGAUUUUGGGUUCGCGCGCAAUCUCUCCGAAGGCAAUAAUGCUAAUUACACAGAAUAUGUGGCCACCAGGUGGUAUCGGUCCCCAGAGCUCUUACUUGGAGCUCCCUAUGGGAAGUCUGUAGAUAUGUGGUCGGUAGGCUGUAUUCUUGGGGAGCUUAGCGAUGGACAGCCUUUGUUUCCUGGAGAAAGCGAAAUUGACCAACUUUUUACUAUUCAGAAGGUGCUAGGACCACUUCCAUCUGAGCAGAUGAAACUCUUUUAUAGUAAUCCUCGAUUCCAUGGGCUCCGGUUUCCAGCUGUGAACCAUCCUCAGUCACUGGAGAGACGAUACCUUGGCAUUUUAAAUAGCGUUUUACUUGACCUAAUGAAGAAUUUACUGAAGUUGGACCCAUCUGACAGAUACUUGACAGAACAGUGUUUGAAUCACCCAACAUUUCAAACCCAGAGACUUUUGGAUCGUUCUCCUUCAAGGUCAGCCAAAAGAAAGCCUUACCACGUGGAAAGCAGCACGCUGUCGAAUAGAAACCAAGGCAGCAAAGGCGCAGCAUUGCAGUCCCACCACAGAUCUAACAGCAAGGACAUCCAGAACCUGAGUGUGGGUCUGCCUCGGGCCGAAGAAGGGCUCCCCACCAACGAAAGCUUCCUCAAUGGCAACCUGGCUGCGGCCACGCUCAGCCCCAUGCACACGAAAACCUACCAGACCAGCAGCCAGCCGGGCUCGGGCGGCAAAGACCUCACCAACAACAACAUCCCACACCUUCUCAGCCCCAAAGAAGCCAAGGCGAAGACCGAGUUCGACUUCAACAUCGAGACGAAGGCUUCAACAUCGGAAGGCCCCGGCACCAAGUACCUCAAGUCCAGCAGCCGCUCUCAGCAGAACCGCCACUCCUUCAUGGAGAGCUCGCAGAGCAAAGCCGGGACACUGCAACCCGGCGAGAAGCAGGGCCGGCACAGCUACAUCGACACCAUCCCCCAGUCCUCGAGGAGCCCCUCCUACAGGACCAAGGCCAAGAGCCACGGGGCGCUCAGUGACUCCAAGUCCGUGAGCAACCUCUCCGAAGCCAGGGCCCAGAUCGCCGAGCCCAACGCCAGCCGCUACUUCCCCUCCAGUUGCCUGGACUUGAACUCGCCCACCAGCCCCCCGUCCGCCCGGCACGGCGACACGCGGACUUUGCUCAGCCCCUCGGGGAGAACCAACCGCAGCGAAGGCACACUCGACUCCCGCCGGACCGCCACCCGCCACUCCAAGACCAUGGAGGAGCUGAAGCUGCCCGAGCACCUGGAAGGGAGCCACUCGCACUCGCUGUCGGCCCCACACGAGUCCUUCUCCUACGGGCUGGGCUACACCAGCCCCUUUUCCUCCCAGCAGCGGCCGCACAGACAUUCCAUGUAUGUGACCCGGGACAAAGUGAGAGCCAAAGGCUUGGAUGGAAGCUUGAGUGUAGGGCAGGGGAUGGCGGCCCGAGCCAACAGCCUGCAGCUCCUGUCACCUCAGCCUGGAGAACAGAUUCCUCCAGAGAUGACUGUGUCUCGCUCUUCUGGAAAAGAGUCUUCAAGAGAAGGCACCUCUUCAUUCCACUCACGGCAGAAGUCUGAGGGUGGCGUGUAUCAUGACCCCCACUCUGAUGAUGGCACUAUCUCCAAGGAAAACAGACACCUGUACAAUGAUCCUGUUCCAAGACGAGUUGGCAGUUUCUACCGAGUGCCAUCUCCACGACCAGAUAAUUCCUUCCAUGAAAAUAAUGUGUCAACUAGAGUUUCUUCCCUACCAUCAGAAACCAGCUCUGGAGCCAAUCACUCAAAAAGACAACCAGCAUUUGAUCCAUGGAAAAGUCCUGAAAACAUUAGUCAUUCUGAACAACUGAAGGAAAAGGAAAAGCAAGGUUUUUUCAGGUCAAUGAAAAAGAAAAAGAAGAAAUCUCAAACAACAGAGUCCACCAACGGGGAGAAUCCAAGCAUCAAGAAAUCCCUCUUUCCUCUUUUUAAUUCAAAGAAUCAUUUAAAGCAUAGCUCUUCUUUGAAAAAGCUUCCUGUAGUCACUCCGCCCAUGGUGCCCAAUUCUGACAAUCCUGACCUUCUAACUCUGCAAAAAGCUAUUCACUCUGCCAGCACGCCAAGCAGCAGGCCCAAGGAGUGGCGUCCUGAGAAAAUCUCUGAUAUACAGACCCAAAGCCAGCCGUUGAAGUCACUGCGCAAGCUCUUGCAUCUCUCUUCGACGUCCAAUCACCCAGCCUCGUCUGACCCUCGCUUCCAGCCCCUAGCGACUCAGCAAGCCAAAAAUUCCUUCUCAGAAAUCCGGAUCCAUCCCCUGAGCCAGGCCUCUGGGAGUAGCAACCUCCGGCCGGAGCCCACCCCCAAGGGCCGGCCCACCCUCCAGCUGCCAGGUCAGAUGGACCCUGGUUGGCACGUGUCCUCCGUGAGCCGGGGUGCCACGGAGGGGCCUUCCUACUCGGAACAGCUGGGUGCCAAGAGUGGGCCGAACGGGCACCCGUACAAUAGAACAAAUCGGUCGCGAAUUCCGAACCUGAAUGAUUUGAAAGAGACAGCCUUGUAAUGUGUGUUGGGGGGAAGGGCCGGGGAGGGGGGCGGGCAGGUGGGAAACGAGCGGGCCGGGGUCGCAAGCCAGUAUUUUCAGCUUUAUGAAGGUGUGUGCAAUAUUGUCCGCGGGGCGCCGUCGGGCGUCCCGCCUCCGCAAAUGCAAGUCAGGGAUCUUAGAGCCGCAGGACUUCCUUAGGGACUGCCGUCCCCAGGGGUCCCUGUGUGGGAUGGAUAGAGUGCCAUUGAGGAAGGAAGAAGACGUCUUGGCAGUUUCUCCCCUCCAUUGCAGUUUCAGUGCAACCCCUGUGGAACCUGGGAAUGCCAGGACAUGUUCUAGCACUGCAAGGGAUAGAAAUUUCACGUUGACCAAUGCCCUUACCACAGAGUUUUUUUCUGCCUAAACUAAAUGUGGUGAUUGUAAUCCAAGAGUAUCCCUUCGAAGGGUUAGCAGAUGAACCAACUGUAUGUCUUAAAUUGUUUUCUAAACUCCCAUAUUUGAUAGGAUUUGUAACGUUGAUUUAUAAUUAAUAUUGUACUGUUCGAAUCAUACCUUUCAUGUUCACUGUAAAGUUCUUUUGAGCUGUUUGAAACAUUGUGAAGCAGUGGGACAGCUACAGUAGUUUCUAUACAAACUAAACAGUACCAUUUAUAUAUUGCAUCAGGAGUAUUUUAUUCUCUCUAUAAAUAUAUAUAGUAAAUAUCUGUCUGUUUUAUAAAUAUAAUCAUUGAAAGAAAGUAUCGUCAUGACACUAUCUGCCAUAUUUUUAUACAUUUGUGAUAUGAAGUAAGUGCUACACUUCUAAGCAAGGGAGUUGCCUGGUGGCUCUGUGGGGCUGUAACUGUAGGGACCUUGCUCAGCUCCCAGGCCCCAGCAGUCGCCUCUAGACGUGACCCUUGGUAGCAGACAAGAUGCAGCCACUUCCUCCAAACCCAUGGGGGGAGAGAGUUGGGGAGAUCGGUGAGAACCCCAGCCACAUCGUCUCUGCCCUCACUCAGUGGGCUCCUGUGCAUGUCUAGGGAUGAUCCUUGCACCCGAGGGGAGGAGAAUUCAUCCAGGAUUGCUCCUGGGUCUCCGUAGUGAGAAUGUGCUGUGUGUCUGUGGAGCGCAGACCAAAGAUUCGCCGGUGAACAUACCUAGUUGCAAGGUUGUGAGAGGCACCUGUUUGCAGAUCCUGCAAGCCAGCGUUAGGCUCCUGAAUCCUGUGCACUGUCGCGGAGCUUCUGGGAUGGAGGGAUGUGGCGUUUCUCUUUCUAAAUACUGUUUUGUUAUUACUCUUUCUGAUAGAUUCAGUAGGUUCCUGAAGCAAUUCUAGAGGUCAGAAAAACAUUGCUAGACUAAUUUUUCUUCCUGGGCCUAGUCAUUUCUAGUAAGGUUCCCAUCACACACGUGUGCAUGCACACACACGCACACACAUCCCCACUGUCGGAACAGUCUUUCAACUUCCAACUUAACUCCCUCGUAUCACCAAGGCCAUCCGCCGCCAGGGCUGUGACCCUGCCUGUGUCUCUAGGCCGUCCUCGACGGAAAUCACCACCCCCUCAUCCUUCAAGAGUAGUUUUAGAUUUUUGGAAGUAGUUUCGUAGCAAUAAUACUUUUAAAGGUCCCAUCCUACCCUUCCUCCAAGAGGUUGUAACCUCUCAGUAUUUAUUACUUGUACCAGGAUUCUGAGAGCAUCAGCCCCUAACUCACGUCAGCUGUGAUUGAAUUGUGCUGAGUUACUGUCCCCCUCCCCCCAAGAUUUUGAGAAUUAUAGCUCUGAUGAUGAUAACAAUUAUAAAGAAAAAAAAUCUCAUAGUUUCUUUGAAGCUUAAAUUGUGUGCAUAUUGCAUUUUAUAGAAUUAUUAUAAUGAUGUGUAUUGAUUAUAUAGAGAGGUCAUUUUACGGUGCUUUUUAUUUACUUUUAAUAAGUGUAAUAGGCACUAAAAUGAAACUCAACUGGGUACUAUCAUGGAAACAAUUUGAUUCAAUCAAUAGUUUGCAUGCUCUUCAGUUCUUUUGAUAUCUCGUUUCCUUCACCAGUUUAGUACUGUUGGAGUAGCUCUGAAUUCUGGCUUUUCCCAGGCAGCUGCUCAGUUCUAAAAGUGACGUGGACCCUUCGCAGUUCUUGCCUGGAUGCCAAUGACUCUCAAAGGGUAUGCAACUCUCCUUUUUCAUACCGGAUCUGUACCCUUGCAUACCAGAAACUGCACCUCCCCACCUCUGGAAAGACUCCUCACUGUGUGCUGUGCGCGUAGGACCCGCGCAGUCACCUUGCCCCACUGUGGCAUUUGAGGCUGGUUGGCCACCUCGAGGCUGAUGUCCCACGUUUUCAACCUUGCCAGAACACUGGGAUCUCAGGCGUCUGCAGAACAUUUAAUAUCCGUGGUGGUUCUUCAAAGAAGGGCUAGACUUAUUGCCUUCUACCUAGAGCAAAGUAAACCUAACUGAUGAAGAGUCAAUACCUACUUUUCGUACAUUCCCAGAUUUGAGCCAGAAAAAUAUCUUCAACUAGUGUUUUUGAGGUAGCUCUCCUGCGCUCAGCUUUUGUCCACUGACCUCAGUAAGCUGUAAGUGAAUUACAAUCUGCAUUUCUGCCUGCACUUCUCUUCUGCCCUUGGUGGGGACCAGUGGGGCUUUCUCCCCAAUCAAACGGGCUCUCUCCUAGCUUUUAGCUGUUGUUUUCCUCCGGGCGAUGAAUUAUUGAUCUCCCAAAGAUUGUCAUCUAUCAUAGAAAGAACUCAAUUUGAAGUCACAAACGUUGGCGUUUUCUUUAGGAAAGGAAAUUUCUGACAUCCCUGUCUGUCUUCGCCCUACCUUCCUAAAGAAUAACAGCAACAAAGGCACGGGAUUCCUUUGUUUCUUGGAAGUGUCGCUUCUUUCCUGUUCCGAGGGGAAUCACGUUCGCUACUGUGCUCCUCUUCCUUUACCCUCCCUGUUCUUCUCAGACAUUCCAGUGAGUUAUUGUUUAACCUCCUCUGGUUGGGAACUGAGCUUUUUGCCUCUCUUCAGAGCCCAGGACCAAAUGUGUCCCACGCUAAGGGGCCAUGGCCCAGCCACGGUGGCCCUCAGCCCAGGUCAUUUUGCCAUUGGGCAGUGGCAGGAGCCCUAGUUGGUUGUCCAAAGUGGAGGUAGAGGUUAGAGAUGCCCCUCCAGGUCCUGCAUGUACAAGCAGCAUCCCUGGCCCGUCCUCCACCCGCAAAGAAGGAUCUAACCCCAGUGUCAGUGUUGCUGAGGUGAGAACCCCUGUUCAGCAACGUCCUCCUCUCCGCUCUCUGAAACUGCAGGUAGGAAGUCUUCAACAUCAGUGACUCUGAGAGAACUUUCUACCACUAUUCUGGAAUCCCUGGAAUUCUGUCGUUCGUGUCCAUUGUCUUGGGCCUUCUAAAAAGUGAAUCCUUUGGGAAGAGACCCAGAGUGGCUUUGCAGGUGUUCGAAAGUCCCAAUACUAGGUCAGCGUCCUUCGGAAAUCUUUCAUAGAGCCCCAGGGCUUAUAUUUAGAACCAAGCAGCAGCCUGGCAGAUUGGCAUGACUUUUGCCAGCUGCUCAAAGGCGUCCAUGGCUUUGAGCUGUGUCUCCCGAAAGAAAAUGUCCCUUUUUUUUUUUUUCAGUUUGAGCCAUUGAAUAGCUCUUUACAAAUAUUGGCAUAUGACAGACCGAUUAGAAACAAAAAUCUCUAUCGGCAGUUGUGAUGUGGCUGUUAUCGGUGUAUUUGUGCUGUGUGCUUUGAAUAAAUCUGUUUUAAAUCAUGCUUUAAGACUCAGUGUAUGCAGUUGUGCUUUGACUCCACGAGCAGAGCUGUCCUGGUUAGUUUUAGUCAUGUCUUGUAUUAUGAAGUAUGUUGUGGUUGUAGUAUUAGCCAGUUUAGCAUGUUCCUAAUCUGAAAAUUAACAGACUUCACUGGGAAAUGCUAACCCACCUCCCUUCCCGGCACCUUAGUUGAUGUCCUAGUAUCCUCCCUUCUUAAACUAGCUUUUAGAGUAAUUAAGGAAAAAAGCCAUUUCUUUUCUUCUAGCUAUGUAUUGAAGAUGACUCAUAAGUGUACCACUUAUUUAAAAGGCCAGAGGAUUGCUUUUCAAGUGUGUUAAAGCUUCUGUGUCCGUUCCUGUCCACCUUGGCCUGGUGGUGACCAAACUUUCAGCAAGGGCAAUUGCUCAUUGUGAUUUAGUCCUAGCGGACAGCUGGGACUCCGAAAUCUGCGUUUCCUCUCGUGCUCAGUACAUGUUUUCUGGAGAGCACUGCUUUUUCUCUUUCAGAGUUGGUUACCUCCUGCUUGUGAGUGGGAGACCGACCUCCGUGUGAGCACCGAGAUCCACACUCGCAUUUCCGUGAACCAAGGAUGUGGGGUGAUGCACUGAACCAAGGCCGAAAUGACCGAGAUAUUUCCUUGUUUCCUUCGGUUUGUUGCCAAUCGAGUGUGUACAUAGAGAAAACCUAUUUCCAGUUCAAUGAAAACAAACCAAAAGAGGAUUUCUUUCAAGGGGGCUGCAGAGACGAGAGCAAAGAUGUUUUGAGGGUCCUCUUGCUAAUUCCAGGACUGGAACCUUACAAAAAGUCUUUCUUGGAGACUUAAAAGUCCAACUUACAAAACUUUGUAAGUCGUUCUCAUUUCUUACCUUUCCAUCUUGGCCAGCUGAGCUAUAGACCCUCCAGAGGUCUGAUGCAGCUGGGAAAUGAAUUCUGUUUUAGAAACCUUCAGUAAAUGCAGGAAAAUGAAGCGUUGUAAACACACAGUGUGUUCAAAGUAAGGUGACUAGGAAAUUCUGGGCCGAGCGCCCUAUCCUAGAUGUUCUUCUUUUUUAAUUGAAUGUAUUAUAAAAGAUCUUAGGCUUGUAUGCCAAGUCAGUUACUCUGUGAAUAUUCAUUUCCUGUAGUGCUUUGUUAAUUCCUUAGUUAGGCCUGGUCCUGACUCCACCUUGCCCCCUCUCUGGGCCCUGCUGUGUAUUAUUACCUAUAGGCUAUUCAAUCUGAUCACCACCUGCCUUGUAUUUUCAUUCAUUAGCUGUUUACUCCCCCAUCUAAGGGAGGUUUGUCUUUUGUUUUGCCAGAAAAAAAUUUGUAAUAGUCUGCACGUCAGAUUUCUAGGGCCUGCAGAACCGCGGUGAUGAUACUGGUUCGCUGCUAAGGCCCUUCAUUACUCCACAAGGUUAAGUAAGCUCUCUGACCCCCAUUUGAUCCUUGGGUCCUAUUUUGAGCUUCCUUUGGAAUAUUAAAAAAAAAAAUCGGUUUCCAUAGUGUACGCAGAUUAGAAGUUGCCUUGUUUGCUCAGAGUAUCAGGGAGAAAGCGGCCUUAUCUGUUUUUCCAUCCGUUCUGUUUUGACAGACUGCUAAGAAUUCCUCAGGACUUCCUUUGGUUGGGGAGUUCAGGCUCCCCAAAGCCUGGUCUGAUUUUGUUUCAGGCUCCCCCUAGCGCUGUGCUUCAGGGUAAUCAGACAAAAGCCAGGAAUAGCAAAGGUAGAUGCCUUGUCUUUUGUCCCUGUUGGGAUUAUAGUGUUAAUUGCCAGAGUCGUCAAAACUCCAGAGUUUCAAGGGGGAAAAACAUUUAGAGUUUCAAGGGGAAAAGGGAGACUUUUCCUCCCGGAGAACCUGGAUGUUCUCCACCAAUGGCUUCGAUUUUCCAAAGUGGAAAGCAGAGUUUUGCAUCAGCUUCAUUUUCACUAGAGGUAAAAAUGAUAGAUUCCCGUCAUCUCAGACUAUUUUCUUCUCUCCGUGUUUCCUCCUUGGUGACUGAUUGAGUCAGGCUGGAGGGAUAAUGCUGUGACUGCAACAAGUAGAUUCUCAUUGUAAACUCGAAUUCACUGAAAUAAUGAAACCAAACAAAGUAGUUGCCCCUAGUUCGUAUCUCCAAGAAUCGCUUUGUGCCAUUUUGAAUUCAGGUAGUUAUUCUGUACAUAGAAGACUAUUCCGAGCUUCUUCAAUCUCUAGGAAGUUUGAAGGGGGCCUGUGGAAAGACACGGGGUGGGGUCAUUUUCAGAGCCCUCCUCGUGUGCGAAAACAAAAUAUAGGGAUAAGCCAGAGUGAUGGAACCUCCAAAUUUGUGGUAGUUAAAGAAUCGGUAGAAAUUCUUAAUUGCACAGACUUUAUAAUCCAUCAUACAAGGUGUGAUUCCAUACUUUUUACCGUGGCAAGGGUGUCAAGUAGUAUUAACCUUUUUAAUUUUUCGAUCCAAACUGAAUUUAAAGUGUUGAAUAUGUAAAUUCUUCACAAGCUAAUUAUGACCCAUUUGUAAAGUGUUUAUAUAACUUUGUAUCAUGUGUUGGGACAUCUUAGCAAGUUUUUCCUGGCAUGUAUUUCAUUCUAACUUCUGUAAAAAUUUCUAUUGUUGCUGUAAAUAUUCUACAAAUAUCUAUUCUGUGGUAACCUUAAUUAUGAGCAUGAAAUGGUUCAUUUUUACUGAGCACAAUGUAUUUUUGAAUGGAUCUUCCCAAAUGUCUUUAAUAAAAUGCAGAUUUUGCACUGACUGAUGUGAUUGCCAGGCCCUCCCCAUCUUGAGCGCUGGGGCCCCUCCUGUUGAAACAGCAAGCCAGCGGCUCCGUGGUGGUUCCAGCUUUGUAAAGAACUGGUGUUUGAAUUCAAAUGAAAGAUAAUGGGCCUUUGAAGUUGGAAUCAGUUUAAGGAACAAAAAAAUCAAUGUAAAGCAGGGCAAAUCCUGUUAUUUAAUGAUGGUUUUUUUUUUCUUUUCUAUUUAUAAAGCUUGUUUCCCCUUCUGA